AUGGGACAACAAUACGCCGAGCAACAAGGACUGAACUUGUUCUGCGACCUGUCCACGCACUACAUCUACGUGACUCUGAACGCGAAAAAUCAGUUCCGCGCUCCGACCGAGUGGGGAGUGGUGCUGCGCCCCGCCUGCCUCCAAGAAAACACCUCCACAACGUCCCACGACGCGGCGGGAGACCCCGCGGGCGGCUCAGCCAACCUGCACUCGUCGCAGGAGCUGCGCUGCUUCGCCUGCGACUCGGAACGGGUCCGGUCCUGCUGGCUGACCGCCAUGCGGCUCGCCAAAUAUGGAAAACAGCUUAAAGAAAAUUACAAGGCCUUCAAAAAUAAACAGGCUGAAUCACUCAAUCAUAGAGAAUACAACAGUUUUACAGUACCUCAUAGCCAAUUUCUGUACAAACUCUUUAAUUUGAUCUUGGUAGCGGCAAAAUGGAUAAAACAGCUGCACUUUGUUCCUUUUAUUAAAUUUAAAUGGGUAGGUUAUCUGGAUAUAAACGGCGUUUUCGUCAACGAAGAGGUGGGUCCAGUUGGCCGUAAAAUCACGGGUAGCUGCUGCGAUGUCCUAAUUAAAUUUCCCUUCUGCAAAUUGUCGACGGGGUUCGAUGGAAAAGCAUUUCAAGCGCUAAAGGUCACUUCGUAA